AUGGUUUGUCUGGCCGGUUUGCUCACAGCUGUCCGCACCAAAACCAGCGCUCCCCUCUUUCCAACCAACCAGAAGCCAGAAUACAAGCUGCAAGAAGCUCCACUUCCGGACGUCAAAUGGCCGUCGAUGGUGGCACGCCCAAGCAAUUCGUCCCAAAUCAUCGAAAAGCCAUUCCUUCUCCUCGACAAUUAUCCGCCUCUGCUCCUAUCAAUCAACAUCGCAUUCACUCUCCUCCGCAACAUCGUGCGCCUCUAUUUCGUUUCUUGGUUCUCGAUUGUCGCAGCACCCCAAAAGGCCCUCCCCGCACUCGUCAACGUUUUCUUUCUUUUUUCUUUCAACUCAUACAUCCACGCCCGCACAACACACGUCAUGUCUGAGAGACCUGCUCACCGAGGUGGUCGCGGCGGUCGCGGCGACGGGGGCCAUCACCGCGGCGGUGGCGGUAGAGGUGGAAGCGCGCGCGGCGGCGGCGAGGGCGGCGAGAAGCCCAAGAAGGAGAAUAUCCUGGACCUGACCAAGUACAUGGACAAGCAAAUCACCGUCAAGUUCAACGGAGGCCGAGAAGUCAUGGGCACGCUCAAGGGAUUCGACGCGUUGAUGAAUCUAGUCCUCGACGACGUGCAAGAAACUGUACGAGAUGAAGAAGGCAACGAAUCGACAAGACCUCUCGGCCUGGUCGUCGUCCGUGGCACUCUCCUCGUUCUCAUCUCCCCCGUCGACGGCAGCGAAGAGAUUGCCAACCCCUUUGCCCAACCCGACGACGAAUGA